CGGGCUGCAUGGAUGUCGGCUCGGCAGGCGCAGGCGCGACACCCCCCUGCGCCCAUGGAUCGAUUAGCCUGGGACCUUUUCGCGCCCGAACAAGAAGAACCAGUUGCAAGCGCAGUAGAAAAGCAGCUAUACAUAUGGCUAGCUCUGCCUAGAUCCACAGCAAAGCCGAGCAGGAGCCAUCCCAGGAGGGAGCUAGAAGAGGAUAAAGAAACCGCUAGAAAGGAGAGGGAGCAGAGCUGAGUGAGAGCCGGAGGCUUGAAUUGGCGAGAGAGAGACGGGGCGUCGGAUGGCGGAGGGGAAGAAGGCGAGGCCGAGGGAGGAGGAGCUCGUGGAGGCCGCGCUGGCGGCGGCAGCGGCGGCGCUGCUCGUGUCGGGCGUGAAGAGGCUCGUGGCGCCGGCGGCCGCGCUCGCCGCGCCGUGGUGGUGGCCCGCGCCGCUCUCGUUGCCGCCCCCCGCGCUGUUCCUGCUCCUCAACGUCGUCAUCGCGUCCAUCGUCGUGGCAUCCGUACAGCCGAGGCGAGGCAGAGCGUCGGCGCCGGCGGGCGGCGUCCAGGAGGCGUCGGCGGCUCAGCCGGGAGACGGCCCGAAGAGGGUGAAGAGGAGGAGGAGCAGGAAGCGGACGGCGGCCGAGGCCGACGUUGCGGACGGCCGCUGCAUGGCGCUGGUGGCCACGGACGGGCCGGUAGAGACGGGGGAGACGGUGGUGACAGAGGAGGUGGCGGCGGAUGAGGAGGCGGCCGGCAACGCAGACGAGGUGAACAAGCGGGCGGAGGAGUUCAUCUCGGCGUUCCGGCACCACCUCAGGGUCGAUUCCUUCUCCGGAUCCCGGCGAAGCAACGCUAGAACGGCACCAUGCUUUUGACCAGAAUGCAUUGCGUGCAUUUUGUGUCGCGAACUUGCAAACUUAUGUUUCUAUCACCGAUUCACCGUUUCCAAGAACAUUUUGUCAGGAUUUGUUUUUCAUUUGAGCUGCAGUUACCUUCUUGACGUCAGUUUAUUCGGAAUUAGCUCACUGGGUUUCCUCAGCGGACUGCAGAAAAUGCUGAAAUGCACAAGACUUCCAUCUUUA